AUGACGACAGGGGGAGGAGUCGAAGUUGCAUUGCAUUUACCCGCCGUUCUAAAAAUGCUGACGUCGAUAGUGGCUUCGCUUCCUGUUUCCAUACAUGGGCAAAGGAAAGGCCGGUUCCACUUUGGAAGACGGGCGGGGAAAGUCCGAUCAGAUUCGGGAAGAGGCGCCCACAGUAAAAGUGGCCGCCUGGGAGGCUUCAGUGUGGGGCGGGAGAGGAAAGCAUGCGACGCUUUCCCCAUACCGGUGUCUCUGGAGGACCCGUUCUUCGUGGUGAACGGUGAGGUUCAGAAAGCAGUACAUUCAGCACAAGGGCUGUACCAGCGCUGGUGUCAGCGGCUUCAGGAGACUCCUGGUAUCAGCAAAGAGGAAUUUGACUGGACGACCAAUGAACUCCGCAACAGUUUGCGCAGCAUUGACUGGGACUUGGAGGAUCUGGAGGAAGCCAUUUGCAUUGUGGAAUCAAACCCACGCAAGUUCAAAACUGAGCCCUCUGAGGUAGCAGCCCGGUGUGCUUUCGUCACAGAGAUGCAGGGAUUGGUUAAGGAAAUAUGGGACCACAUAUCUAGUCCAACUGCACAAGCCAUUUUGGAGAGGAAAAAUAGAGAGCUGCCAGCAGGGAGCAGUGAACGAUAUCAGCUCUUGGAUGCAGAGGGACUCUCGACAGUCAAUUCACAUGUUCUAGAAGAGCAGCAGUUGCAUCAGGAGCUUAUCAUUGAUGCCCAGGAUGAGCAGCUGGAGCUGGUCUCUGGUUGCAUUCGAGUGCUGAAAUAGUCGGGGUGGGUCGGAAAGGAGCUGGACGAGCAGGCUGUGAUGCUAGAAGACUUUGCACAUGAGAGGGACAGCACUCACAACCGCAUGGAUGGAGUGUUCAUAAAGAUGGCCAGAAUCUCACACAUGACCUCAGACUGA